AUGUACGACAUCCUCCUCCGCCUGCCCCCGAAGUCCGUCGUCCGCUGCCGCGCCGUCUGCAGGUCCUGGCUCCGCCUCGCCUCCGACCGCAGGUUCCUUCUCGCCCACCACCGCCGCCAGCGCUCCCUGCCCCUCGUCUACUUCAUCCUCAACGACGGCCGCGACCCGGAGGUCAGCGAGUACCGGCUCGCGGUCUUCGACCUCCGCGCCAACGAGUUGCAGGCUGUCGUCAGAUUCUCCCGCCACGGCAAUGGGUGGAUGGCGCGUGACCGUGAUCGCUCUCCAUGGCUGCUGCGACGGGGUCCUCCUCCUAUCCUCCGACGACCACACCUAUUCCUCUACAACCCGACCACGCGCCACUGGGGUCGCCUCCCACCCCUUCACCGCGACAACACCAUCGCAGGACUUUACUCGCACAGGAUCUCGGACGACUACUGGGUGCUCUACUUCCGGCGCCAUGAAGAUGGAAAUUACUACUACUACGUCAUGGCGGCCGGCACCAGGAAGCAGAGGCUGGUCAGUCGUCAGGUAUCCCCACUACACUCCUCAUGGCACACCUGGUUUGCGCGGCACACACCGCCCGUCCUCCUCAACUCCAUAGCCGUCUUCGACACGGUCGCCGAAGUGUUCCGGUUGAUGCCUUCUCCUGCCGUCAACGUGAACAACCAGCUUGUCUCAAAUGUGAAGCUGCUUGACAUGGAGGGUGUUCUUGCCAUGUCAAGUAGCUGGAGCGAGACUUUCGGGGAUGACGGGCCCUCGAGGGUUGAUCUGUGGUUUCUUGAGGACUACAAAUCCAAUGUUUGGGUCUGCAAGUACCGCAUUGAAUUGCCGGUGGAAGAUAUCAGCCGUUUCCUUGGAUUGCUCGAUUUGUGGACUGCUGUUGUUGUGUCCCAUGAGGGAGAUGUGCUGGUUGAUCUCAUGAAUCGCCUGCUGGGGAGGGCAAUUCAGUGGCAAUUUUGCCGUGUGAUUGCAGCUUGCUGGAGAUUGGUCCACAUAUGCUUAAGCGGAGCCUUGUUCCUCAUGCAUCGCUUGGGAUGA